AUGGCUUCCAACGAAGAAAUACUCCCUGGUCCGGGAACUGCCCCAAUUCUCCGCCUCACACUCGAGUGUCCCACAAAGAUCUCUAGAGACUCGGAGGAAAAGUACCUGAAAUUCAAUGUAACUUACGAGGGCACUAGCGACACAAAUGCUGAAGACGCACCUCCCAUAACGUUCCAUAAAUACGGCGUCAUGGGAGAAGAAAAGCUGUCUCUCUACCAGCUCCGCAACGGCGAGUGGACAGAGUGCUUAACAGAGCAAGAUGAGUACGGAGGAUGCUCCGGCUUCGCCCUGCUAGACGCACCGCCUUUGCUAGUCAAGGUCGGAGAGGAUGAACAGUUUUUGAGUCUCGGUCGAGGCGAGUCCGUGGUCGCGCACCAGCGGACCAUCCCAAAGAAGUUUCCAGAGGAUGCCAAACCGGGCGACAGGUUCCGCGUUGGUCUACGAGGAGCUCAUGUCGAAUGGUGGAAUUGGGGCGGACGCCAAAGCCAUGCCAACACUGAGGUCUAUCUGCCGUGCUGGCGUGUCGGCCGAGUCGUGAAUCCCCCGACUCCGGAUUACGACUCGAUCCUCUGCCCGGAGACGAAAAACGAUGGACGACCUAAGAUGGUGCUGCAUGUCAGCGAUCCGGUGGAGUUUACAUUAGCAUAG